CCCCUGUGACGGUGCCGCAAACACGGCUGUGCUCGAGCCGCGGGCAACGCAAGCAGCUGUGCGCGUUGGGAUUAUUUCUAAAUUGCAAGCAUGACUCGGUCAGCAACUUUGGUUGCCAUCGUCUUGGCCCAGGCGACGGCCUUUGUUGCCCCUCCCGCUGCGGCGCCGGCGCUCACGCCGAGGCAAGGCCUGCUCGAGCCGUACGGCAGUCAGAUAUCAGCGUCGAAGCAUGACAGAACUGCGCGCUUGCUGGCUCUCGCUCGUCGGCGCUUUCGACCAAUCCGCUAAUAUCCCGACGUCGGAUUGCGACGAAAGGGCUACGCGUCGAUGGCGUCGAGGUGGGACUGCCGAGACGCCCUCGACGCGACCUUCGCCCCGCACAAACAACUCACAAAAAACCACGCAGGCGGCGUCGACCCCUUCAAGGAGAUCGGCUCGACGCUCGAAGUCGUCGAGGAGACGCAAUUACUGACGAAGCUCGCGAAGACGGGCUUAUUAUCGAAGGCGGAGCGCGCGGGCGUGAAGCUCGCCGACCUCGAGCCGCUCCUCCUCUUCGCGGAGGAGAACGGGCUCGUGGGUUUGUUAGGUGAUUUGAAUGAUGACCUCCUGCCGCUCCUGCCGCUGCUCGUGCGGCUCGCGCCGCUGGGCCUUCCGGUCGUGUCGCUCGCGUUAGGAUUGGGCCCGCUCAACUUCCUCCUCGCGAUCGCGUCGUUCGGCGGCGCGUUCGUGGUCACGGGGCUGCCCGACGACUCGGUCACUGAUGUUGCCUUACAAACGCUCAUCGCCGUGCCGCUGGCGACGCUCUUCCCGGUGCUGUUCGGGGGCCUCGGGCUCGUGUCGUCGAAGCUCGCCUAGGUGCUAUGUUAGGAGUAAUGGUACUUGGAUAA